CACACAAACCAAUACCGCCAAUCUCAAUAGCAUUGGUUAUCGCACAGUAGCAGCGGUAUAGUGUAGUAUAUUCCACAAGCGAGAGAUAGGCCUCCCAUGUAUAUGUUUCCUAUGUUCCGCUGGAUGUAGGGAAUAUAUAUAUAUCCUCAGUGGAAGUAUAUAUAUACUCCAUGCAUGAGUAGAUGAUGGUUGUGAUGUUGGUGGUUUAUUAAGCUUUAAUGGUGGAUAAUUUAUCAAGGAUAUCAUCAAAGCUUUGAGCUUCUUUCAAGGUGGAAGAUUUUUUUGAUGUUUUAUGAGCUUGGCUACCCUGUGGAGCUGUGUGAGAAGCCACAUGUGUGAUUGCAUACCUCCACGUCUUGUGGACAUCAACAGUCUUCUAAACAAGUGGUUGACGGUUUGAUCCUGAAUCCAGCUCUUCAAAAACGUUUCUCUUGCCAUCCUGUCGGAACUGUUAUUACUUUCAGGAUUCCUAGCUUGAAACAUCACCGUCUAGAACCUUCAGAGAGGCGCCAUGCAAUUAACCGUCUGUUGCAUCUGCAUGUCAAUUUAGGCUGAGCUUAAAUUUUUGAUCCUGUGCAAUUAUCCUACAUUACCUCACCCUCAGCUCCCCAACACCACGGAACUGCAUUACCUGAUGACAGUCUAGAUAGAGCAUCUGCCAUUUCAUGAGUGACACCUUUAGAAGGGAGCCAUCUUGGAUUUGGAAUACAUCAGUUAACAUACCCGCCUUUGACUAAGUGUCUAUUACGUACUUCCAUCCCACUUUAUCGUACUAAUGUGCAAUCACGAACAACCCUAGUAGAAAGCCUCAUUCCACCGCCAACCUAUAAACUCCCACCUUUAACAGUAUUCUUUCUGUGCUGUUUACUUGUAUGCUUACAUCACCCAGCACGGAGAUCACAAAGGAAUUUUUUUGCUCUGAAGUAUAUCAAGUUUUUGUGGAUUAUUAUUUCUUCAUAAUUUGCCAGUAGCGGACGCAACGACACAAUGACGACCCCGUCUAAAUUCAGAAAUGUUCCAAAGACUGCUCAAAAUCGUUUAUUGAUCAAGGGAGGCAAGGUUGUGAAUAGCGACCAAUCGUUCUACGCUGACGUUUACAUCGAAGAUGGCAUUAUUCGGCAAGUUGGCAAGGACCUCAUCACACCAGGAGGUGCCAAGGUAUUGGAUGCCAAGGGUAAGCUUAUUAUACCAGGUGGUAUUGACACACACACUCACAUGCAGCUUCCAUUCAUGGGAACCUGUGCCAUAGAUGACUUCUACCAAGGCACCAAGGCUGCUCUCGCUGGCGGAACUACCAUGAUCAUUGACCACUGCCUACCAGUUAAAGGCCAGUCUCUCGUUGAGGCCUAUGACCAAUGGCGUGCCUGGGCUGACCCUAAGGUCUGCUGUGACUACUCCCUUCACGUUGGCAUCACCUGGUGGAGCGAUAGCGUCAAGAAGGAACUAAGUGUCAUUGCUGAAGAGAAAGGAAUAAACUCUUUCAAAAUGUUCAUGGCCUACAAGGACGUCUUCAUGCUUCACGACUUUGAGCUUUACCGAGCAUUUUCUGCGCUGAAAGAACUUGGUGCUCUCCCAUUGGUGCAUGCAGAGAAUGGUGACAUCAUCGCUGAGAACACAAAGAAGCUUCUUGAUCUUGGCAUCAGUGGUCCUGAAGGUCACCUUCAAAGCAGACCGGAGGAUGUUGAAGCAGAAGCAGUGAACAGAGCGAUCUGCAUUGCAAACCAAGUCAAUUCACCCGUCUAUGUUGUGCACGUCAUGAGCAAAAGCGCUGCUGAUGAGAUCUCUAAAGCAAGGAGAGAGGGUAAGGUAGUCUUUGGUGAGCCUAUCGCAGCUUGCCUCGGAACCGACGGGACCAGCUACUUCCAUCACGAUUGGCUCCAUGCUGCGGCUCAUGUUAUGGGGCCCCCUCUACGGCCAGACCCCACCACACCAGGCUAUCUUAUGGACCUACUAGCUAACAACGAUCUUCAGUUGACUGGAACCGAUAACUGUACCUUCAAGUCGGACCAGAAGGCGCUAGGGAAGGACGAUUUCACCAAGAUUCCAAAUGGAGUCAACGGCGUCGAAGACAGGAUGUCCGUCAUCUGGGAAAAGGGUGUGGAAACUGGCAAACUUGAUGAGUGUCGCUUUGUCGCUGUAACAAGUACCAACGCUGCCAAAAUCUUCAACAUGUACCCAAGAAAGGGUGUUAUCCAAGUUGGUUCUGAUGCUGAUCUAGUCAUUUGGGAUCCUAUCGCUACCAGGGUCAUCUCCAAGGACACGCAUCACCAGGCUGUGGACUUUAAUAUCUUUGAAGGUAUGGAGUGCCAUGGUGUUCCUCUGACAGUUAUCAGCCAAGGAAGGGUAGUCUUUGAAGAUGGAGAGCUCCAUGUAUCCCAAGGAGCAGGGAGAUUCAUCCCCCGUCCUCUUCAUGCACCAGAAGCCUACGCAAGGAUUAGCCAAAGAGAAAAGAUCAACGCCCCCAGGCGUGUCGACCGCGACGGCUACGAAGGUCCCAUCCACAAGCCUUCCGGUCUACCGGUCCAGAAUAACUACCGCAAGACGGCACCCAACGCACAGCCAUCGGAAGACGUUCCAAGUCAACUGAACAAGCAUGGACAGCGUGACCUCCAUAGGUCAGGCUUCUCUCUAUCAGAGAUGGCAUGUAGCUAUCCGACCCAGCACUACAAAAAAGGUCGCCAAGUCGAUGACCACAAGGACAAGAGGAGUGGCCAAAGGAUUAUGGCGCCCCCUGGAGGCACGUCAAGCAUCUCUUUCAAUUAGAUCCCCUACUGGUUUCACCAUGCCACACCCUGGUCUCGUAAGGACCACACCCUCCAUGCAUAGAUUGUAGCCCCCCCCCAAAAAAAAGGGGGGGGGGGAAUCGGUAUGUUUUAACUGUUAUUAUACAUGUGACAAGUUUUAUGAAACAGGCCCCUAGUCUGUAUAAAAGCUUGUGUAAAUAAAAAGAGGGAGGGAAAUGCUAAAGGGUUUCGUUUUUUUUUUUUUGCACUGCCAAGAAGGAUGAGAGGAUAUUGUGUGGAAAAGUGGAUUACAAAACUAUAUGUAAAUGUUUAAGUGGUAUAUGGAAAUUGUGAAGUCUGGGCCAAAUGGGACAGUGUUUUGUCAGGAAAGUUGGUUAUGAGGCAAUGGAAAGGCUAUACAGUAUUUAUCAUCUGCCCAUACUAUUGAAUGAGGGCAUUUCUGCAAUGAUGCGGUGCACAAAAAUGUUUUACUAAGGGCGUUCUUGCACCGACACAACAAUUUAGUGAACUGUAAUGAUUGGUAUAUUUGUACAAGAUCAACGUAUCUUUGAGGCGAAGAACGCAAAGUUUAGUUGAAUUUCAUUUCUUCUUAUGAGGAAAAGACGACAGAGUGCUAUCUAUCUGCAGUGCUUUCAUCUCUCCUCUUCAUAUUCAUUCCAUUCAUUUUUCAUUUUUUCGAGAAAUCAAAAUGUUGAGUCUUGAAAAACAGGGCCUAUCCAAAUGAUUGAUAGGAAAUCAAAGUGUAACAGGGGCAUUGUGAAUCUGUAGUGUUUUCUUGUUUAUCUGGGAGGCUUGAGGUUAAUUCCUACUUGAUUUCUGGUGCUCUUUUGUGAGAAACUUGUCCGCAUCAGUAAGAAUUAGGAGUGGCAAAUUGGCAAACGAUAUGUAAUGCUCCCCAGGGAGUGAAGAAUUUGCGUAUAUUUUGUGCAAGCAAGGUAAAGUUUGUUGUCCUUAGUAGUAUGCGUGUGUUGCAAAGCAUUUGACACAUGAAAUUAUGAAAUCAAAUAAGUAUGAAAUCAUAAUAGCAGUCUAAGUAAGGUCACUUCAAAAUGUCACCACAUAUGAACUUUGAUAGACCUGAUAUAAAAACAAACAAAUAAAAAAAAAAUCAUGUUUAUGUACUGAAAUCAUUAUCAUGCAUUAGAUAUUUUUCAAUAUUUGAUUGGAAUAUUAUUGAAGUGGAAUCAUGAAUGUAAAAUCCAAUGUUUUCUAAAAUCAUGCUACUAUUACAACGGGAAAAAAUGAAGGCAAGGAAAAUAUUCUGUCUUGCCUAAAGUUACACAUCAUCUUAAAUGUAUAUGCCCGGUAUUUACCUUAAAUUCUGUUAUAAACCCAGGAGCCUGCCCUUACAGGGCAAAGGAAUUUUCAAAAACUUGCCAUAUAGCAUUGUGUAGCUUUCCCUGAAAUAUGGCACAUAGGUUUAUAGUGAGAGUUUUCUUACGCCUGGGGAUAUGGUAUCAUUUAUGAAUGUUAAGGUGGAUGUCAUUGUGUAAUUGCUACUUAAACAAAAUAUAGAUAAUCAUGUAUACAUUGUAUAAUGAAAAUUAAGCAUUAUAAACACAAAUGGUGCGUUUGUAGGGGGGAUAGUUGUUUGUUGUUGUUUCAUUUGUACUUAAAAACUUUUAGUGUUUUAUUCGAUCGUGUCUGAGUUUCAGCUAUCAUAGAUUUACGUCUGAUUACUUUUUCUUUCAAAUUACAAAGAUUUUUAUUUCCUGUGCAUGUUGAUUGAAUUGAAAUAGGUCUCUAUUUGGUUUGUAGAUAAUUUUACAUCAAAUGGUUCAUGUAUUAUAUAAGAAAGGAUUGUUUUAUGUUUAUCAUUUCUCUUUUUAUAAAUGGAUUACAGUACAUAGAUAGUACUAAAAGAUCAAUGUUUCAGUUGAUAGAUCAUUUUUUAUACCGAAAACUGAAAAAAGUAUUUGGCGAAAUUCAAAGUCGUGUUCCAUCAAUGCAAACUCUUCCCAUUGUUUGUUGUUUGAAAGGAUUUUCUUUUAUGCACGUGUGGCUGUUUAGUGAUGAAGGAACGUAGAUGCCCUAUGGUAGCGAAGUGCGCUAUCUACAGCCAAGCCUGCCACAUGCACAUUGAGGCUUAAGUAGGCCCCGUUCGCAUGGAAAAUUUAAGACAUGAAGCUUUCAUGUGUCUCUUAUGACGGCCUUUUUCAUGAUAAGGAAGACGCUAAUUGCACGAAUGCGAUUGCGAACUUUUCUUGCACGGAGAUACCUGAAUGUUACCACGCAUGAGAGCUUGGUGUAUAUCAAGUUUCUUUCCUAGCGACGGGCAAGUGCGUGUUGCAUUCAUGUCAAGGAGAAUUGGAGUCCAAGGUUCCAUUUUAUAAAGACUUGUCACAAUAACAAAUGAACAAUUUCUACAAGUUUGCUAUUAGCCAAUCAAAUUGAGUAAUUUAAGUAGCUUGUAACCGUUAUUGCACAUUUGUUAUUCUAACAAGUUUAAUUAAACAGGCCCCUAACUGCAGGGGUCCUCUGUUCGUAUGCACUACAAAUAUACUGCAGUGAAACACAAAAGCCUUUAAAUUGCUGGGCUGAUAAAACCUCGUAUCUCAAAAUUUAAAAUUCUGAGGGCAGCUUUUAAAUACACGUAUAGCAAUGGUAUCGGUCUCAUAUUGUCUGAAAAACAGUCUCUUGAUACCUAUGAAGAAUUCUUUUGAAACAAUAGAAGGUUGCUACCUUGCUUUAAUUCUAAAAUCCAGCUUAUUCUGAACUGUCAUCAAAAUAUUUGAAUUUUGAGAUACAAGGUUUUAUCAAGCCAGCCAUGAAUCGCCUGUUCCUGGAAAGCAGCGCUGUAAAGAUUUGCACCAAAGAGAUACGUACAUAGGUCAUCGUGUUCAUAUGCAUUAUACACUCAUAACUUUUGUGCGAUCAUUUCCUUUCGUGCAACUCUCCUAAAAACGUUGGUGUCUGCAGAAACUAAACCCUUUUACUGUAUAAAGAAAUAACAAGCAUUGUGACUGAUGGCAGUGCAUAGUUCCUGUAAAAGUCUCUGCUCAGUAUGCAAAGCUACAAUGCACAUGUAUGAUAGAAUAAUCUCUGUAUGCACUUGUUUUAAAUGUUUGCAAAAUCACUGGAAUGGAAAAUGAAACUAUCUAUCAUAGAAAUUGAUGUUGUAUAUAGAUUAAUAUGCCUUGGUGAUAAUACUUAAAUUUCUCUUUUUCUUUCUCACUUUCUGUCUGAAAUCUGUUGAAACUACUUUUUUUUAAUCACUCUCUCUCUCUUUACCUCUUUCUUGUCUGGCGCCCUCUUUGUCACUGUAAAUAAUCGGGUAGAUGUGUCCUUUGCGCAAAGUUUUAGUGAAACGUAGUCGUUACUGCCGAAAAAUAUCUUGUGAAAUUACAAUUUCUCAACGGAAAUUCACGUUUGUAAUCAUUUCUCUUGAUCUGCACUUGAUGAGCUACUAAUGCAACUUUCAUUCACUGGCCAGUAGUAAUAGCCAAUUUGAAAGUUCCGACUUAUUUUUACUAAAAUAGGAUAAUUAAUGUCCAUUUUCAGGCUUUCCAGUAUUAAAGUCAGCUUUUAAAAUUUUCUUGUUUUAAAUAAUAUAAUGUUAUUUUUUGUGGCUGAAAUCAUGUAGGAAUAAUAAUUCAUGAAUCAUGGUCUUAUGAAUUACAAUUGCACUUAUUUUGACUUAUGAAGUACAUGUACAUUUUAUAGCCAAAAAAUAAUGUGAUGUUGCUGUAUGCUAGUACACUCUAUAACUGCAUGCCCGCUGCUGUAUUGUAUUUAACUUGAGUGUAUAAAAGGAGUAUCUUAUUUAUACAUGAAAGAAAUUUCCACCCGUUUUACUCUCAAAAUAUAGAACAAAAGCAACAUAGAUGUGCAGUCUUGUUACAAUACGUGUGAGCAUAAAUUCUUGGAAGCACUGUCUGUAUAUCUAAAAGAAUUUAUGAUUUGGAAUUUCACAGAGAAGUACAUGUAUUCGUUCCUAUUAAUUUGCAAAAAGUAUCUUUUAAUUCUGUAAAAAAAACCCUGAGAUAUUCUUCAUUUUUGGUGGUUUGUCAAGCCUUGUGGUGUAUUGCGUAUAUGAACUUACUUAAAGAGUGAUUUUGUUUUUAGAGAAAAAAAAUAUCAAAUAAAUGAAUGUUGAAAAGCUGGA